AUGGAAGAAGUUCAUGAAAAUCAAGUGAAAGAAAUUUUACCUUACCAAUUUGAGCCAGAAAUAGAAUUAAUAUUCCACUCAUAUGAUUCUGAGGAAGAUUCGUUUAGCUCAGACGAGAGUAUUGAUGAAGAAUUUGAGCUGGCAAACAGCUGGCGGAAAUCCACACUAACUUGGUGCAAAUGCGGUCAUUGCAAAAUUAUGCCGAAAACUCUAGAAAAAUUUUGUUGUAAGGAAAAGGCGGUGGAGUACGAUGAGUACGAUGAAAAACUCUCUCAAGCCGAAAGUUUGGGAGACGCGUGUAUAGCACAGUUGCCCGAUUUUCAACAGAAUAUUUUAACCGAAAGCGUUCUGAAAAUCGACGCUUGUAGAUAUGUGGAAGAAAACUGGCCGCUUGGUGAUGAUGAAUUGGCCAAAACUCACAAAAUUUUCCGGUUAUAG